ACGGUUUUCACAAGUGAGAUAGUGCACACAGAGAUACUCUGUCUAAGGGGCGUAUUUUGUUGAUCAUUAACAUCAGUUGCUAUCCGUUAACAGGAAGGAACACCAAGACUAUAUAUACAAGUAUAUCUAAACUCUAACGAAAACCUGGUAUUUUGUACUAAGUGAAGUCUAUCGUUCACAACUAAAAUCAUGAUCAGUUACGAAGUUAAUGUCAAAACUGGAGACAAGAAGGGAGCCGGUACAGACGCCAAUGUUCAAAUUGUGCUGACAGGUGCUUCUGGACAGCAAACAAAGUCUGCGUUUCUCAAUCACGUUUUUACUAACAACUUUGAAAGAGGUCAGGUAGACGUUUUCACCUUUGAAGAUGAAGCAGAUAUUCCCGAAGUGCAAGGAAUCAGGCUGCGAAGAGAUGAAUUCGGGCUAUACAGCGACUGGUAUGUGGAGACAGUUGAAGUGAUUAAUAAGAAGAGUGGAAAGAAGUCCGUUUUCCCCGUGCUUCGCUGGAUUCGUCCUAACGUUGAUAUUAUCUUUGAACGAUACGACACCUUCCUGCCACAAUUCGAUCCCCACCCAGAACAGAGAAACGCCGAACUCCAAGAAAAGCAGAAACUGUAUGAAUUUUCCCACCUUCCAGGACUGCCAGCAGGGGUAAAAACUAUUCCUGAUGACGAACUGCUGUCUGAUCAUGCUAAGUGGGAUUUGAAUGCCAGAAAAUACAAAGCAAUUGCAGGAAAAGCGAUAGAAAUGAUAUUUGGAACCGGAUCCUGGGAAACACUCGAUGAUCUGAAAGGUGUAUACUCCAAAAUAUUCAGGGAACCGAAGGGGAUGGAAAAAUGGGAUGACGAUUUGGAGUUUGCGUGGCAGAGAAUAAAUGGUCUGAAUCCAAACUUGAUCAAACUGUGCACAGAAAUUCCAAACAAAUUUGGAGUGACGGAAGAAAUGAUUAAGCCUUUCCUGGAAGGUCUGACGUUGUCUCAAGCCAUCACCGACAAACGUCUGUUUAUCAUCGAUCUAGAAAUUAUGGUUGGGAUUUCAGUCAUCCCUGAUGGUGUGUGUCCAGCACCUCUUGCGCUGUUCUUUGUUGAUAGUAAGGGACAGCUGAAACCAGUAGCAAUACAGCUGUUUCAGGAGAAAGGACCCGACAACCCGGUGUUUCUGCCUUCGGAUCCGUCUUACACUUGGCUAAUGGCAAAAAUGUGGUACCACGUAGCAGACGCGUCCUACCACCACCCAGUGACACACCUGGGUAUGACACACUUGGUAAUGGAAGGAAUCGCUGUCGCCAUGAAUAGAUGCAUUUCUCCCUCCCAUCCCGUAUUUAAGCUGUUAUCCCCGCAUUUUCUGUACAUCCUCCCCAUUAAUCGAAUUGGCUUGGAGGGUAUACGGGCACCUGGCGGUUGGAUGGAUAGAACAAUGGUGUUGGGAAGCAAGGGAGCAAUUGAACUAAUUGGAAAAGGAACCAGCAAGUGGAGAAUGAACGUGGACGGAAAUUAUCCAGAGAAUUUGAAGGAGAGAGGGCUGUAUUCCACAGAUGGAAAAAUUCUACCAACAUUUUACCAGCGGGAUGACUCUCUCCAGUUGUACGAAGUUAUUCGACGAUAUGUUUCUAAAUAUGUCAACUUGUAUUAUGAUACUGCCGAGAAGCUUUCUAACGAUACAGAGAUACAAAACUUUGGCCGCGAACUCUCCACUCCCCAGUCAGAAGGAGGUUGUGGUAUAUUGGGAGUGCCUAAUGAUGGGAAGUUUGAAUCAAAUGAUCAGAUUGUAUUGGUUUUCACCUGUGUCAUCUUUACAAGCAGCGUGACGCACUCAGCGGUGAAUUUUCCAAUGUAUGACACCUACGCAUUCCCCCCAAACUGCCCAAUGCUUAUGAGAGGGACUCCACCAAAAGACAAGACUCCACUGACGGAGAAGGACAUUGUAGCCUCUCUCGCUGACAAGUCUGCAACCCUGGAUACCAUGAUCAUUGCCUCCAUUCUCAGCGAGGGGUCUACCAAUAACCUGGGCAAUUUUGAAGUCAAUUAUGUGUAUGAUCCGAGAGCUAUUAAGAUAGUGGACGAGUUUCGUGAAGACCUGAAGACAGUCAGCGCAAAUAUUCACAAACGAAAUGACCCCCUUGUCAAGAAAUAUGAAAUUCUUUUACCAGAAUCCAUUCCAAACUCGAUCAGUAUCUGAUUCCUGUUCACUAUGUAACUGUAAGACUAAAAAGUCGUAUAGGGAAUUUAUAUACAGAAUCUGGACUUCUGAAACUUUCUGCAAAUACGUAUUUACUGAGAUACUUUAGCUGUUGUGUUAGUUUCAUUUAAUAGAAUAAUAGUACUUUCUAUAUAAAUCUAUACAACAUUUGUAUUUAAUAUUGUUUAUGUAUAAAUAAUAUUUAUUUAGUUUUGUUAUCUAUAGUUUGGUAGUUUGAAUGUUUGUAUUAAAUACAUGUCUUUUUCUUGCCA